AUGUGUGUUCAAGAAACGAAGUUGGAGGUUGUGGAGGAAAAGAAGUGUGAAAUUGUGUGGGGAUCAAAAGAGUUUGGAUUUUCGUUCAAACCCUCAGUAGGUAGAUCCGGAGGUAUACUAACUUUGUGGGAUAGCUCACGGGUCGAUAUGUGGAGUUAUUCCAUAUUAAAUUAUGCAUUAGUUAUGAAGGGGGAAUGGAAGGAUACUGGAGAAAAAAUUUGUGUGAUAAAUGUUUAUGCACCUUGUGAUAGGAUUGAGAAACGAGAAUUGUGGAAUAUGAUAGGUGAGAAGGUUGAGAACGAUGUAGAUUGUUGCUGGUGUGUGUGUGGAGAUUUUAAUACAAUUAGGAAGGAAAAUGAAAGGAAAGGGAUGAGUGAGUAUAUCCAAAUGGAAGACAUUUUGCGCUUUAAUAAUUUUAUUGAGGAAUCAGAAUUUAUUGAUUUGCAUUUAAAUGGUAGAGCUUUUACUUGGUGUCGUUUGGAUGGAUCAGUAGUGAGCAUAUUAGACCGAUUUCUUUUAUCAAUGAGGUGGGGUCAUCAAUGGCCCAAUUGUUCGCAAUGGGCGUUGGAUAGAUGCUUAUCAGAUCAUUGUCCAUUAUUCUUGUGUGAUUAUUGGGAUAAUUGGGGACCAAGACCUUUUCGUAUGUUGAAGUGUUGGGAGGAAUUUGAUGGUUAUAAGGAUUUUGUUAAGGAGGCAUGA